UUACGGAUUGGCUUUACCUGUAACACUAAGCGCGUCAGAACUGUACUGAAUGUUUUCUUUCGACUACUUGGGAUAAGAAUGUUACAGCUUAACGUUUCACUUUAUUUUUGGCCUUUUUUAAGUAAUAUGAAUCCUUGAAGAAUAACUUGUGAUGUGGAAUUAUUUUUAAGCUUUGUCGAUUUACUUAUUUAAACUUUUUUUUUAACAUUGGAAUUGGAUCGACUUUCCCAGUUAGCGCGUCCCGCCCCCGACCUCCUGUUGCUUGAGGGCGGCGUCCGUUCCACUCAGGUCCUGAGGAUUUGGCCUGCCGUCUUUCCAAAUUUUUUAAAAGGUAAGGAGACGCUAGAGAAAUUUUGCAGAAGCAGCCAGUUACACACCGUCAACAUGUCGAUUAUGGGCUUAAAAAAGAAGCAACCAAAGACUUUUAAAGUCAAAGUUGUAACUAUGGAUGCAGAAAUGGAGUUCAACUGUGAGGUGAAAUGGAAAGGAAAGGAUCUAUUUGAUUUAGUUUGUCGAACCAUAGGACUAAGGGAAACCUGGUUCUUUAAACUCCGAUAUAUGGUGAAAGAUACCUACUUGUGGCUAAAAAUGGACAAACGGGUUUUGGACCAAGAGCUGCCAAAAGAGGAUCCAAUAACUUUUCACUUUUUGGCUAAGUUCUACCCUGAGAAGGUAGAGGAAGAGCUUGUACAGGAGAUCACCCAGCACCUUUUUUUCUUGCAGGUUAAAAAGCAAAUACUUGAUGAAGAAAUUUACUGCUCUCCUGAAGCUUCUGUGCUGUUGGCGUCUUAUGCUGUCCAGGCAAAGUAUGGUGAUUAUGACCCAAAUUUUCAUAAGCCAGGCUUUCUAGCAGAAGAUGAGCUUUUACCUCAGAGAGUUUUAAUGCAGUACCAGAUGACAGCUGAAAUGUGGGAAGAGAAGAUAACAGCUUGGUAUGCAGAACACAGGGGCAUUGCCAGGGAUGAAGCUGAAAUGAACUAUUUAAAGAUUGCACAGGAUCUUGAAAUGUAUGGAGUUAAUUACUUUUCAAUCACACAAAAUAAGAGAGACACUGAGCUGUUACUUGGAGUGGAUGCCCAAGGACUCCAUAUUUACAGCCCUAAUAAUAAACUCACCCCAAACAAAUCAUUCCCAUGGAGUGGCAUUAGGAAUAUUUCAUAUAGUGAAAAAGAGUUUACAAUAAAACCAUUGGAAAAGAAAAAAGAAGUUUUCAAAUUCUAUUCAUCACAGCUCAAAGUAAAUAAACUGAUUUUACAGCUGUGCAUUGGAAACCAUGACCUCUUCAUGAGAAGGCGAAAGGUAGAUUCUAUUGAAGUGCAGCAGAUGAAGGCUCAAGCCAGAGAAGAGAAGGCAAGAAAAAAGAUGGAGAGACAGAUUUUGGCUCGAGAAAAACAAAUGAGAGAAGAAGCAGAAAGAGCUAAGGAGGAAAUGGAGCGACGCUUGUUUCAGCUGCAGGAUGAGGCUCGCUUGGCCAAUGAAGCCCUGAUUCGCUCAGAGGAGACUGCUGACUUGCUUGCAGAAAAGGCACAGAUUGCUGAGGAGGAAGCCAAACUUCUGGCUCAUAAAGCAGCUGAGGCUGAGCAGGAGAGGCAGAGGCUAGAAGUCACAGCAAUGAAAACAAAAGAGGAGAAGCGGUUGAUGGAGCAGAAGAUGAGGGAGGCAGAGCUUCUGGCAGUCAAACUGGUGGAGGAGUCUGAGAGGAGAACAAAAGAGGCUGACCAUUUAAAGCAAGACUUGAGUGAAGCGAAGGAUGCAGAACGUCGAGCUAAGCAGAAACUGCUAGAGAUCACCAGAUCAACCUAUCCGCUGGUUUCAGCCUAUACCUGUUCCCCACCACCCACUGAUGGAAGUGAUCUCAGUCUAGAAAGUGGAUCUGUCAAGACAGAUUUCAAAGACUCUGAUAUGAAAAGAUUAUCUAUGGAGAUUGAGAGAGAGAGACUGGAUUACAUUGAAAAGAGCAAAAAUCUCCAAGAACAGCUGAAAGAACUGAAAUCCGAGAUUGAGUCUCUGAAACUUGAAGAACAGCACUCUGGAAUAUUUUCUUCAAACAGGGACCUCCGAGAUUAUGCUGAAGCAGCAUAUUUCCCAAUCAGCCGAGUCGGGCACUAUGACUCGGAGGUUAUCUACAUUUGAAAGAGCCAGGGGAGGAAUAAAUCGCAUUGAGUGGAAUCCUGAAGCACUGACGUCAACAGUCUAUCUGGAGGAUGUUUAAUAGACUGCUUUCAGGGGUUUUCAUCACUUGCUAAUAUCACUUGUGAAAUGUAAUGAAGAUCUGAGCCUAAGCAUACAGAAGAUUUGACAAGAGUUGACGUAGCCCAUCAGAUUCCAUGGACAGCCGCUUGUUACUUCUUACAAUCUAACAUAAAGCGCCAGAUCAAUGGUUCUUUCACAAAAUAUCAAGAACAUGCUGCUGUUCGUUUUAUUGCUCUACAUGUCCCUGCUGCUGUGGCAUCUAGCACUAGGUGCUUAGGUAUACUCACUGUAGUGCAUGAGCUGGCACAACAAAUACAUCCGCGCAAAAAAAAAAACCAAACAGUCGAUAGCUUUGCUAAAAGGUUGGGCCAGUUUUGUACAGUUAUGUUUCUUCAUCAUUUACUUAAGUAUUGGAGUUGUUGUCCAAAACAAGACUGUUACCCAA